AUGAGCAAGGUCAGGGAGGCGAAGGUCGAUACGAAGGUGUCGGACUCGGAAUGCGAAAGUGGCGAAUCGUGCUGUUCAAAUGCCUUUGGUAAUAGCUCCGGUGACGAAUACAUGUUUGAUGACGAGCCAUAUUCGACUGAUCCGCUUCCUCUGCAAGUCGCUGGCGAUGUACUUGCGGCAGCUGCGUUAGCGAAACAGGACGAGCCUCAGGACCACGGGUUUCGUUCAUCUAACAGCAAAGGGUUGGAGCACGGCGGUGUACUCAAAAAGUGGACCAGCUGCAGUAUGUCCAAAGCCCAGAAGGUUUACAGGUAUGGAGAGAGUGGUUCCGGUAUCAGGACAAAGGACGGGAUCCCGCAAUACUACGAGAACAUCAUUGAGCAGUGCUUUAAGGAAAACAGGUUCUUUGAAGACCCUGAGUUUCCCUGCGAAGAUUCCAGCAUCGGCAUCAAGGAGUACGCAGGAAGGAUUAUUUGGAAGAGGCCCUAUAACAUGGUGGAGAAGCCGCAGUUUUUCGUGGACGGCGUCAGCAGACAUGAUAUUUUUCAAAUGACUGUUGCUGACUGCUGGUUCGUGGCCGCACUGGCGUCACUGACGGAGCACAAGGAGCUGUUCGACCGUGUCGUCCCCCAGGGCCAGAGCUUCAAGCGAGGCUCGUAUGCAGGCGUAUUUCACUUCGUUUUCUGGAGGAACAACCGUUGGGUGGACGUCGUCAUUGACGAUAGACUUCCGAUGUUUGAAAAAGAAGGCAGCUACAUGGGUGUGAUGUCCAGCGUCAGGAAUGAGUUCUGGGGUUCUCUGGUGGAGAAGGCGUAUGCCAAGUUACACGGAUCGUACGGAUCAUUGCAAAGAGGCAACGGCAGAGAAGCUCUGACAGAUUUGACUGGUGGUAUCCCUGAGCUGAUCGCUGGGAUACCGCUGCCUGAGGACACGUGGAACACAAUGAAGAGGGCCUUCGAAAGAAAGUCCAUCAUGACAGCAUACUUCCAGCAGCAGCGAAGAAGAGGAGAGGGCGAUGGUGGACCAGGAGAGAUAGAACAGGACGACGGCCUUAUGGCGAAUCAUGUCUACAGCGUGACGGGACUAACUCAAUUCAACUUAGAAGGCACCGAGCAGUUAGUGAGGCUGCUUCGCCUUCGCAACCCAUAUGGCCAUAAGGAAUAUACCGGACCUUGGAGCGACGUAUCAGAGCAGUGGAAGAAAGUUUCGCGGGCCAAGCUCGAGGAGUUGGGCGUUACUGUUCGAGACGACGGAGAGUUCUGGAUUGAAGCGGACUAUUUCCUGAAGCGCUUCAUGUUUGUGGAAAUGUGUCACCUGAAUCCCGCCAGUCUGGAGAAAGACCCCGAUGCAAAGUGUUGGGAAACAGCAACAUUCGAAGGAAGCUGGGUGACAGGGGUCAGUGCGGGAGGAUCAAGCCCGAGCAACGAUAAAUACAGCACCAACCCUCAGUACUUCGUAACUCUUCGAGGACCGGACAGUGAAGACCAGGAUGGGAAAUGUUCUAUGCUGGUGUCACUUAGACAAAAGACAGAACGAGUCGCCAAUGAAGGUGGAAAUUGGCUAUACAUCGGAGUUGCUAUUUUUGAGGUGAAAGACCCAGAAAAAUGUGAAAAGCCUCUACCUCUUGACUACCUGAUCGACCAUACCAUCAACCUCGGUCAAUAUUGGAAUUCGCGAGAUGUGACUAACCGUCAGCGCCUUUUGCCGGGGACAUACUGCGUUGUGCCGUACACGAAAGAACCGGACACUGACUGCGACUUCCUGUUGCGUAUAUUCACUGAGCAAAAGAGUGAGUGCAGAGAAUGCGAUGGAGGUAAUGUGUGUGCUCCUAAGUAACCCCCUCCACAUUUCGCGGCACAGGAAGACCGCAACCACACCAGGAUGGGCGGAACUGAAUGAGAUAUCAAAUAAACAUGUCCGCUUCAACCA